UGAGUCACGGAAAGGGAGCCUGAGAGCUGCCUUUGUUCCACUUGUGUCCGGGCGCUGGACGAGAAGCAGCAGGCUCCCGUUUUUAUUAACUUCUGACUUUCAUAAGCAUAUAACUCAUGUUCACCGAACUUCUUCCCCACUCAAAGUCUUUCUACUAACUUUCAAAAAAUGCUCCCAUGGCAUGCCUGGUGGACCUGGGACUUGCUACUGCUGCUCUUAGGCUUGUCAAUCCAUGCUGGUUCAGCUGCUCAGAUCAUAGAAGAACGAAGCUCAAAAGGACAUCUUGAUCUCACAGAAUUAAUAGGAGUUCCUCUCCCUCCCUCUGUCUACUUUAUCACUGGCUAUGGAGGGUUUCCAGCUUACAGCUUUGGCCCGGAUGCUAACAUCGGCAGAUUGACAAGUGCUAUAGUACCACUGCCUUUCUACAGAGAUUUCGCUAUCGUAGUUACAGUGAAACCCAACAGUGAUCGUGGAGGAGUACUAUUUGCAAUAACAGAUGCCUUUCAGAAAACUAUUUACCUGGGAAUGAGACUUUCAUCCGUUGAUGACAACACCCAGAGAAUAAUUAUGUACUACACAGAGCCUGGUUCCCAUAUUUCCCGAGAGGCUGCUUCAUUUAAAGUGCCCGUGAUGACUAACAGGUGGAAUAGGUUUACAGUGACUGUUCAAGGAAAUGAAAUUGCUUUGUUCAUGGACUGUGAAGAAUAUCAGAGGGUUCAAUUUCAGAGAUCAGAUCGAGCCUUGAUGUUUGAAUCUGGCUCUGGUAUAUUUGUUGGUAAUGCAGGAGCCACAGGACUAGAAAAAUUCACAGGCUCUAUUCAACAUCUGACAAUCAAAUCUGACCCAAGGGCUACUGAAGACCAAUGUGAAGAUGAUGAUCCUUACGCUUCAGGAGACAUGAGUGGCAAUGGCAGUGUUCAAGAACAAGAAGGUAUUCCUGAGACAGAAGAAGUGUUUUCACCUUCUCAUCUUCCCAUAAGGCCUGAAGAUGCAUCAGCUGAGCCUGUGGAAGCUCCCCCAACUGUAUUGUCCCGUUUGGAAGAAAAUGAUUUCUCAGGACAUCACAUAUCAGAAGAAACAACUGAACCAGCUAAAAUUAAUGAACAAGAUUCAACAGUCACAGAAGCUGGACAAGGCAGCAGUGAAACUAUCUCUGUCACACAGGAAACAUUAAGAGAAGAUGUUGGCUCUGGUGUUACUGUUUUGCCAGGAGUGAGCAAUGGGAAGGACCAGAAAAGUCAGAAAGGAGAGAAUGGGCCCACAGGACCUCCAGAAGGGUCAGGAGUAGACGAGAUGGAGAAAAAAGAUCAAGGACCUCCUGGAUCUCCAGGAAAACCUGGCCAAGAUGGUCAACCUGUGAGUAUUGUCUGUAUUUUUGAAAGGGGAAAAAAGGGACUUCAAGGGUUGUCAGGGCUGAAAGGAAAAGCAGGCCUAAAAGGACAAAAGGGUGAUCCUGGUGAGGGAUUUCCAGGACUCCCUGGACUACCAGGACCCCCAGGACCAUUUGCUUCUUCUGGUGAAUUUAGUAUACUGGAACCUGAAGAAUCAGGUUCUGGAGACCUUGAUGAAGAGACUGAGAUUUUAAGCCCUCAGACUUCUGAUGUCAAGGAGUGUUCACCCCGGGUAAAACCUGAGCCUCAGGCUAUUGACACGCUUGGCUGUGACAAUGAUGAAGCUGGGACAGCCAAAGCAGUUGCUUCCCAUGGUCUUCCUGGGCCACCAGGCCCUCCAGGAUUGCCAGGUCUUCCAGGAAAACCAGCACCUGAUUCAAAUGUAGGACUUCCUGGGUCACCAGGGGAAGAUGGGGCUUCUGGAGAACCAGGUCCUGAAGGUCCUCAAGGUCUUCCUGGUCUUGAUGGAGUGGUUGGCCCACCGGGACCAAAGGGAGAAAAAGGUGAUCGAGGUCUUCUUGGUUCUGUUGGUCCAAAGGGCGAACCUGGAAUAACUGGGUCGAUAGGUCCAAAAGGACAAGCAGGAGCUGAUGGCCCUCCAGGUAAACCUGGACCACCUGGACCACCUGGGCCUCCUGGACCUCCUGGACCUCCUGGACCCCCAGGUCCCAGCUAUGGGUUGGGAUUUGAGGACAUGGAAGGUUCAGGAAGUAUUGCCAUGUUAAGUGAAUCCAGAACUCCUGGAACAAGAGGGCCAAAGGGUUCUGCAGAAAGACAUGGACAGCAUGGACCAUUUGGACCAAAGGGUGAAAGAGGUAACAUUGGCAUACCAGGUUCAAAGGGAAUGCCAGGUACAGAUGGAAGACCAGGAUUUCCCGGCAUUGCUGGGCGUCCUGGAGCAGUGGGUCCAAAAGGGGAGAAGGGUGACCCAGGACCUCAGGGUAAACCAGGACAGGAUGGGACCAGUAUAGUGGGACCACCCGGACCACCUGGACCACCAGGACCAAUCAUAGCACUACCUGAGCUACUACUGAAUGAUACAGAUGGAAUUUUUAAUUCCACUGGAAUUAAAGAAUUGCUUGGGCCCCCAGGGCCAGAUGGCAAGCCAGGUCUACCAGGAUUUCCUGGCCCUCAGGGACCAAAGGGAGAUACUGGGUUACCUGGACUACGAGGACCUAAAGGACAACAGGGUGAAAAGGGAGAACCAGGAGCUCUUGUUGCUGCUGAUGGAUCUUUAACUGAAUUAUUAGGAAGAAAAGGGCAGAAGGGAGAAGCUGGAGCAGUAGGACAGGCAGGACCAAUGGGACCAAUAGGACCUCCUGGACCCAAAGGAGCACUUGGUUUCCCAGGACGCCCAGGCCGCCCAGGACUGAAUGGAAUGAGAGGUGUGAAAGGUGAACGAGGUGAAGCAUUACAUGGCCCCCCUGGCUUGCCUGGCCCUCCAGGACCCCCUGGACCUCCAGGACGGAUAGUUUAUAUCAAAGGAACAGUUUUCCCAAUCUCUCCCAGACCUCAUUGCAAAAUGCCAGUGAACACUCCUUACCCAGGAAAUCAAGAAGCUCUUAAUGUCCAAGGUGCUAAAGGAAGUGGAGAUUCCUGGGGAGCGCACAGUUCAACAAACAUGAAAGGAGAAAAAGGAGAGACAGGGGCUCCAGGACCACCAGGUCCACCUCUGCCUCCAUCAUAUUUCAGCCACUUUAUUAAUAGCAUAAAGGGUGAAAAAGGAGACAAUGGAGGCCCUGGUGUAAAAGGAGAAAAAGGAGAACCAAAUGGAGGCUUUUUUCUGACGGGACCUCCUGGACCGCCUGGAAGACCAGGAUCAGUUGGACCAAAAGGGGAUUCCAUUGUCGGACCUAGAGGACCUCCUGGAUUACCUGGACUACCUGGUCUACCAGGUUAUGGAAAAACUGGACCUCCUGGCCCACCGGGACCACCGGGACCACCAGGACCCCCUGCAAUAUAUGGCUCAGCACCUGCAUUUCCUGGGCCACCAGGUCCUCCAGGAGAGCCAGGGUUACCUGCAACUAGGAAUCUGGUUACAACGUUCCGCAAUGUAGAGGGUAUGUUGGAAAAAGUUCAUUUCGUAGCAGAAGGAACACUAAUCUAUCUGAGUGAAACCAGUGAGGUUUUUAUCCGUGUUCGAAAUGGAUGGAGAAAAUUGCAGCUUGGUGAGUUAAUUCCUAUCCCUGCUGACAGCCUUCCACCUCCAGCCUUAUCAAGCCAUGGAUUUCAGUCUCUUCCGGCAUUGACUCCAAUUUCAAAUAUGAAUAAUGGAAAACCAGCACUGCAUCUGGUGGCUUUAAAUUUGCCUUUAGCUGGUGACAUGCGAGCAGAUUUUCAGUGCUUUCAACAGGCACAGCUGGCUGGUUUGACAUCUACCUAUAGAGCCUUCCUCUCAUCACAUUUGCAAGAUCUAGCCACAGUUGUGAGAAAAACAGACAGAUACAAUUUACCAAUAGUCAAUCUUAAGGGAGAAACACUUUUCAGUAACUGGGAAUCAAUAUUUAAUGGGAACGGUGGACAAUUCAAUCCUCAUGUACCAAUAUACUCAUUUGAUGGGAGAAAUGUCAUGACAGAUACAUCUUGGCCUCAAAAAGUAAUAUGGCAUGGUUCAACUGCAAACGGGAUCCGGCUGGUUAGCAACUACUGUGAAGCCUGGCAUACAGCUGAUACAGCAGUUAUGGGACAAGCAUCACCGCUGGACACGGGGAAACUUCUUGAUCAGAAAGCAUAUAGCUGUAGUAAUCGGUUUAUCGUUCUCUGCAUUGAAAACAGUUUCAUAUCUGAUACGCAAGGAAAAUAAUUUACCUGUUGCACAUAAGAAUAUUCCAUUUUAUGACAGAAAAAAAAGCUAACACUGAAAUUUAAUUUGUAAUGAUGUAAAUAUUCUAUUUUUUGUAAUUGCAAAUUUCAGGAAAAUAUAACCAAAGAAAACAUACCUCAACACCAACAGUAUUCCAGCUGGGUGGAACAUCUAGUGUGUGUGAGGCUGACGUAAAGCUCUUCCUUCCACAUGAACAUCACGGGGGUAGCAGAUUUGCCAAUGAUAAUUAAC